AUGUCGCUCUUUGCUAAUCUCCCCGAGGCGGCAACUGAUGCCGCUUUUGCCUUGAUUGAGGCAUACAAGGCAGAUACUUUCCCCUUGAAAGUUGAUCUUAGCCCUGGAUUUUACCGAGACGAAGAUGCAAGGCCAUGGAUUCUGCCGUCUGUAGAGAAGGCCAAACAAGAUCUCCUGAAUGACUCGACUGCGGAUCACGAACAUGCACCUAUCCUCGGUCAUGAAGCACUCAUCCAUAGCGCACAACGUCUCGUAUUCGAUGCAACAUGCGAAGAUACCGCAACCAUUGCCUCCAUCCAGACUAUCGCAGGCACUGGAGCAAAUCACCUUGGCGCCUUGUUUCUGGCCAAGGCUCGCUGCCCUCGAACUGUCUGGAUCUCAGAUCCCUCGUGGAUAAAUCAUCAAGAAAUUUGGCAGCUAGUGGACAGCGGAAUUGAGCGACAAACAUAUCCGUACUUCGAUAAGCAGUCAUUCAUUAUCGAUUUCGAAGGCACCAUAUCGACCCUCAACUUGAAGGCCAGAGAGGGUGACAUUGUGAUAUUGCAUGGUUGCGCACACAAUCCUACCGGACUCGAUCUGACGAAGGAUCAGUGGAAGGCAGUUGCUGAUGUCUGCGAAGAGAAGAAACUUGUUCCUUUUUUUGACGUUGCCUACCAGGGCUUUGCUACCGGAGAUUUGGCAGAAGAUGCUUGGUCCGUACGGCACUUCUUCCAUAACACGUCUCUAGAAAUGCUCGUGGCACAAUCGUUCUCCAAGAAUUUCGGUCUGUAUGGCGAGCGUGUGGGCGUACUUCAUGUUGUAUGCCGAACCGAGAUCGCUAGGUCCAAGGCCACCAAUAUGCUUUCACGAUUAUCUCGCGCUGAAAUAACAACUGCUCCUAUCAACGGGGCCAAGAUUGUGGCAAAAGUACUUGGAGACACAAACUUAAAGCAACAAUGGCAAAACGAUUUGCUCCACAUGAGUCAUCGUAUGAAGUCAAUGCGAAAAAGACUGGUGGAUGCGCUCUUGAAACGUCAAACACCAGGUGCUUGGGAGCAUAUAUUAACAGAUAUUGGAAUGUUCUCGAUGACAGGCUUGCAGCCGGAUCAAAUCCAAACACUGAAAGAGAGGUAUCACAUAUAUCUUCUACCAUCGGGAAGAAUAUCUAUAACAGGCUUGACAGAACACAAUGUAGAAUAUGUUGCAGAAGCGUUUCAUAAAGUAACCGUUGCUACUAAAUUUGUAUAA